UGGACCGACCGAGUCAACUUGGACCCAUAUUUCUCAAAAGACAAAAAGUCAGUCUCUCUCUCUCUCUCUCUCUCCAAAAAUACAAGUCCCGACUCAGAAGCAAUUCUCCAUUCUAUUCUUUUGCUCUCUCUCUCUCUCAGGGUGUUAAAAGGAAUCUGGUGGGGUUGUUUGAUUGUGAAAAAGAUAAGAUAAGAUAAGAUGUGGGCAGCAUCUUGCCUGGCGUCGUGCUGUGCGGCUUGCGCGUGUGACGCGUGCCGGACUGUGGUGUCUGGGAUUAGCCGCCGCUCUGCUAGAAUUGCAUACUGUGGCCUCUUUGCACUUUCUCUCAUGGUUUCGUGGAUUCUCCGUGAGGUUGCUGCGCCUCUAAUGGAAAAGCUCCCUUGGAUUAAUCAUUUUCAUCAGACACCUAACAGGGAGUGGUUCGAAACAGAUGCUGUUCUGCGUGUUAGCUUGGGAAAUUUUCUCUUUUUCACUAUUCUAGCAGUGAUAAUGGUUGGUGUGAAAAAUCAGAAGGAUCCUCGUGAUAGUGUACACCAUGGUGGAUGGAUGAUGAAAGUCAUUAGUUGGUGUAUUUUGGUAAUCUUGAUGUUUUUCCUUCCGAAUGAGAUUAUCAGCUUCUAUGAAUCAAUAUCAAAGUUUGGCUCUGGAUUGUUUCUUCUUGUCCAAGUUGUGCUUUUGUUAGAUUUUGUUCAUGGAUGGAAUGACAAAUGGGUCGGAUUUGAUGAGCAGUUCUGGUACAUUGCCCUAUUUGUUGUUUCGCUUGUUUGUUAUGUGGGGACGUUUGUCUUCUCGGGAUUCCUCUUCUAUUGGUUCACACCAUCUGGACAAGACUGUGGACUCAACACCUUCUUUAUUGUCAUGACCCUGAUCUUUGCUUUUCUCUUUGCUAUAGUUGCCCUGCACCCUGCUGUGAAUGGAAGCAUUUUGCCAGCUUCAGUUCUUUCUUUGUACUGCGUAUACCUCUGCUACAGUGCACUUGCUAGUGAACCAAGGGAAUAUGAAUGCAACGGUCUUCACAAGCAUUCAAAAGCUGUUUCCACUGGCACUCUUACCCUGGGUCUGAUUACUACAGUUCUUUCAGUUGUCUAUUCUGCUGUCCGUGCUGGAUCAUCUACAACUUUGCUCUCCCCACCAAGUUCACCACGUGCAGGUUCAGGGAAGCCUCUGCUUCCAUUGGACAACAAGGAUGAAGAGAAGGAAGAAAAAGAGAAGUCCAAGCCAGUAUCAUAUUCAUAUUCCUUCUUCCAUCUCAUUUUCUCCCUGGCCAGUAUGUAUUCAGCUAUGCUUCUUACUGGGUGGUCCACUUCAGUUGGUGAGAGUGGGAAAUUGGUCGAUGUCGGUUGGCCUUCUGUUUGGGUCAGGAUUGUGACUGGGUGGGCAACUGCAGCUCUGUUCCUCUGGUCACUGCUUGCUCCUAUUCUGUUCCCAGAGAGGGAGUUCUGAGCACCUCCAAAAGAAGGGCCUGGAUAUUGAUAUAUAAGUAAUACCAUCAUAUCCAUUGCUACAUAAACUUAUUGUAUGUAUGUGUGCUGUUUCUGACUUAAAAGGUAUAUUUCUAUCCACUGUAUAAAAAGAAUGGUUUGUCUUGAAUCCAGACAUGAUCAAGAUACCUGUGUUUCUAAUAUACCAUCUUAAACUGAUUCUCUUUUCAAUAA